CCCCCCCGAAAAAACCAAAGCAUCAACCCAACCGAACACUACAUUGCAACCGACGCCGCCCAGCCAGCAGCAUCGGAUUCAUCUCAGCAUGUCAUCCAACGAUAACCCCGGUAACUUCGCCAACCGUCCCACCGAAGAGGUCAAGGAGGUAGCAUCUAAGGGCGGCCAGGCCUCCCACAGCGGUGGUUUCGCGAGCAUGGAUCCAGACAAACAGCGCGAAAUCGCCUCGAAAGGCGGCCAGGCCUCGUCAGGCAAAUUCGAGCCCGGCAGCGAGCGCGCGUCCGAGGCAGGCAGGAAAGGUGGUUCCAAAUAGACAUGGACUCUCACAAGACUUAUUGAUUGUGACGAGUGGAUACAUUGCUGCUGCGGGAGGGAAUCAAGGCGAGUUGAGGUACGAGACUUUUGUGGUUGAGCUGGGAGAAAUUGGUUGUUUUUUGCUGCUCAUCUACCCGAGGUAGGAGAGACGGCAAAAUAGACAUGCAACGCCAUAGGCCCUAGGCCCUUAAAGACUAGCCACCUCCUGUUAAGAUUUGACCCUCCUGCACGGUCUCUCACUCUCUCUCAUGCUGGGAAUCGAGUCGCCGGCAUUUUGGUGCUCUGAAGAAUUCGGAUGCACAGUAGGCACACUAUGGGGCCCAGCCGGCGUGGCAGCCAAUUGGAGUCAGGAAAGCCGAGUGUUCUGUCGAGAUGUUACGUUAAAACGGCUUUUUCGGGCAGACAGAAGUACCCGGAUUGAUCUGCUCUUCAUUGCGACAGGAAGAUC